AUGGUUGAGAAAACCAAAGACCCUAAGAAAUGUUCUAUCACCGAAGAAGAUACAGCCACUCUCUUACAAAGGUACACGGCAACGACUGUGUUGGCAUUGCUACAGGAAGUGGCGCAUUGGCCGGCGGCGAAGAUUGAUUGGAUUCGGUUGGUGGCAAAGACUUCAACUGGGAUCUCCAAUGCCAGAGAGUAUCAGAUGCUUUGGCGCCAUUUAGCUUAUCGGGAAGCUCUUGUUGACAAAUUCGACAAUGGGUCUCAACCUUUGGAUGAUGAUAGUGAUUUAGAAUAUGAAUUGGAAGCAUUUCCUGCUGUUUGUGGUGAAGCUUCAACAGAAGCUGCAGCAUGUGUGAAGGUUCUAAUUGCCUCCGGUUUACCAAGUGACUCAAGUCAUCGAAACGGCACAAUGGUAGAGGCUCCAUUGACCAUAAAUAUACCCAAUGGCCAGCCAUCUAGAACUCAUGAAAAUUCAGAACCAACUUGUUCAAUGCAAGGGAAGAACAUUACAGUUCCGGUUUCUGUUAAAAAACAACCCCUUCCUGCUGCAACAACGUCGUCAGUAGCAACUGCUGAUGGAGGUGAUGCGAAUGGAUCGGCUAGCAAUAGCAUGGCUCCUCGAAAGAAAAGAAAAAAAUGGUCAGAGGCUGAGGAUUUUGAAUUAAUUGCUGCUGUGCAGAAAUGUGGUGAAGGAAAUUGGGCAAAUAUCUUAAGAGCAGAUUUCAAAGGGGACAGAACAGCUGGUCAGCUAUCUCAGAGGUGGGCAAUUAUUAAGAAGAGGAAUCAAGAGUUGAAUUUGAGAGGCAACUCGAGUGGUAAACUUUCAGAAGCACAGUUGGCCGCUCGUCAUUCAUUGUCCGUAGCCCUCAAUAUGCCAAACCUAACAGCUAAGACAAUUGGCACUGCUGGAACAAAUGCUCACAAUAAGUUUGCUAGAAAAGUUGCAACUAGCAACUCUGUGCUUACUACUGGUGCUAAAGCAGAACCGCAGUCUCAGCAAGACCUUAAACCAACAAAAAAACCAUAUCAAAUGGAAUUAUUGGGUUCCACGACAAAAUCUCGAGUAACCUCCAAGAAUACCUUAACAAAACCUAAUUGCAAUGAUGAUGAUAUAGUAAGAGCCAUUGCGGUUGCUGCUGGGGCACGCAUUGCUUCUCCUUCAGAUGCUGCAUCACUGCUCAAGGCUGCUCAGGCAAAGAAUGCUGUCCAUAUCAUGCCUACAGGCGGUUCUUCUAUCCAAUCGUCGUUACCUGGUGGUAUGUCUACCCACUCAGAGCCUCAUCCUAAUUUACAUAUGCGUACCGGCUUAGCUGGUAUAACACUUUCCACCCCUCCACCAACUGAUGUCACACCUAGUGCCGUACACCCUGGCUCUUCAAAAGCUCUCCCUCUGAUGAGUCAGCACACUCCAACUAAUGGCACAUUGCUAUCCAAACAGAUUAAGGGUGUGAGCUGUAGCCUGGAUGCCAAACUUCCAUCAAAGCAAGAGGUUAGGACUGAAGAAGGAAGCGUAAUUGCUGAGUUGGGAUGCACUCCAAUAGUGCUGGCCCAAGAUGAAGCAGUUAUCUCAAGGAACGGACAGAAUGAGCAAGUUAAAGAUGACAAAGUGGAUUCACCUAACCAGAAAGCUGAAUUGAAAAUUUUAUCAUCUAAUGCUGAGAAUCCUGUUAGUUCAUUGAACAUUGAGAGAGAUGAGACUCAUCAUAAAGCUGUCAUAAGUGUACAAGGUGAACAGAGACAAAGUGCAAAAUAUAAUGAGGUUGUGUGUUCGCUCAUAGGAGGUGGUGAUCCAUCUGCAGUUUAUAGUUCUGAAAAACCAAGCACAACCGAGAAGCAGACAGAUCUUCUGGGCACUGUAACAGAUGGAUGCAAUGGAAAACAUGUUUUAAGCAAAGAGGAGGCUGGCAUUAAGAUCAAUGGGGAACAUGAAGGUUAG